AUAAAAGUAAUCUUUGCACCCUGUAGCGUUGAAAUUCGUGUAAAAAUAUACGGCGCCCAUUAACCUCUUUCUUUAACCUCGAUUUUCGUCAAUUGAGUUAUUUUUAAAAUAGCCUCCGAUCGCAUACGAGUCACUAUAAUUAUAUACCGCUUACUUUUCUAAUUCUUUCAAUCUUUCUUGCUGGGAAAAUUUAACGACUGUUAACAAGAUUAAUAAUGCUAUGGCAUGUCGAUUUCGCGCGAUUUUUCCCGAUCGUUUUUCCCGCGUUACACGAUAUUCGAAUAAUUCGAGUAAUUUUUAUAUGUAUCGUCUUACUUGUCUUUUUAUUAAUAUACGUGUGUAUAUAUUGUACAUGUAUAGGUAUAAAACGUUACGUUACGCGCGUUUCCGAUAUGAUAUGACCAAAAGCCAAGGUUUAUCGGAAACGAAUGAUCACACAUACAUUGACGUGUUGCGUUCAACACGAUGCAUAAUCGCUUGAAACCAAAUAAUGGACAAGAUCAUCUUCGUUUAUAAGAUUACCUAUCAUGUCAAUCGAUGCUCAAUUGAAUGAAUCGCGUAUGCUGUAUCGAGUUCAAUACAAUUGGAACAUUUCUUUCAUUCACCGUAACAAAUUUUUUGUCAAUGCAUUCAUUUUAAUCGUCAUCGUUGUUGUCAUCCAUGAAAGGUUGCAUACUUUUCCAUUGACUGCAUUCAUUGAAUAAUAGAAUGUUGAACGCGAGCGUAUGAUACAACCGAUAAAAUGCUAGACGUACUAUUAUGCGUCACGCGCGUUUUCAUAGUUACAUAUGAGAUCGGUCGUGAUAGUAUACGCUGACGUUUACAUGUCGCAUAUUAUUGAAUCGAGUACGAAGACCGAAAAGCGACAUCUUCUCGAGUGCAAAGCUGAAAUCGCGAUAUUCGAAUAAAAUUGCCCUUAAUUUUCAAAUUACGUGAACCGUUUAUUCUCGGCCAGAUACUUGUCAUUCUCAGUCUGUUUCUAAUGAAACUAAAAACGGGUCAAGAUCGACGAUGCGACGGUCGAGUCGUGCGUAUCUAUUCGAUAUACAACGUAAAGUAGAAGUCAUAAGUAGAAUUCGCUUCGAAGAUUCGAAAGUUUUUAACGCGAAAUGUGUAUUAUUUUGUGCUGCGAAAAUUUCGAACGCUCGAACAAUCGCUAAUGGCGAUACGUCUAUGUAUAUGAAAGGAAAUAAACGUAAAACAUGACACGUUCCAGUCUGAUAAAUUCCAUUAAUAUUAUAAUGCAAUAAACUGCGUUCGAUAACAAGCGUCUACAAACGCUUGAUCGUUCGAUGCGUUUGACGAUCCGUUUUAUCGUCGCCAGCCCCGACGCUAUUGUCAUCGUUAUCUAAUAAAUGCGAACAAAUCGCGCGAUUUUUCGUUCCACUGUUUCACGGUCAAAUCGCGACCUACUUCUAUCCCGUUUGUGAAACAGAGAAUACCCGCGCGUGACAUUUAACGAGGAAGAAAGAGAAAACGUUUGAAAUGGUUCCAAAAAGAUAUCCGAUGAUUUUACGUACAGUUGGCAUUGCAACCGUUAAUCACUGCCAAUUGCUGCCUAGUCCCAUGGACCUGACCCAAUAAUGCAGAAGAUUACGUACAAAAGCGAAAACAAGAACGAGAACGAGAAAUUCCUACUUGCAUUUUACGCAAUUUAGUACCGUUGAGAUCGAAAUCGAUCAAAAUAUCGAUCAUUGUUUUCCGUUUAAGAAACGACGAACGCGUGGAAAAUGCGAUCCUGGAAAGGCUCAGCGUGCGGUAUUUUUCUUCUGGCUGUGGUGUCGUCGAUCGUCGAUGGGAUACCCGAUUUUUCGGACUUGCCGGCAGGUCCUUAUUGCGCCAAAUGGUAUCCACUAGGCGAUUGUUGUACAGGUCGUCAGGACGAGUGUAGUACUCCGAUUCUCAGCACCGUUUGUUACUGCGAUGAUUUUUGCAACCGAGAGAAACAAGAAGAUUGCUGUCCAGAUUAUUGGAGCCACUGCAAAGGAAUCGAACCCAACAUCACUCUACCACCGCCGCAAGAAACAAGACGUUGCUAUUUCCAGGGGAAAUAUUACAACCAAGACCAAACAUUUACAAUCAAUUGCAAUAUAUGCAAAUGUACGGUAAUGGGUAGAGACACGGAAGUAUUUUGCGAACAGCAUCGAUGCUUGCAAACCCCAGAACUAAUAGAUGAGAUCAACUCGCAGGAUUUGAGUUGGAGGGCACGAAAUUACUCCGAGUUUUGGGGUAGAACGUUAGACGAAGGUGUGAAACUGCGCUUGGGUACUUUAAAUCCGUCACGAUCGGUUUACAGAAUGAAUUCCGUGCGACGGAUUUACGAUCCGGAGUCCCUACCACGAGAGUUCGACGCCAGGAUUCGUUGGCCUCGAGAGAUCUCGGACAUAGACGAUCAAGGUUGGUGCGGCGCAUCCUGGGCUAUUUCUGCGACACGCGUCGCUUCAGACAGAUUUGCCUUAAUGAGUAAGGGAGCCGAUAGCGUCCUCCUCAGCGCACAGCAUUUACUCUCGUGUAACAACAGAGGACAGCAAGCUUGCAGCGGCGGCUAUUUGGACAGAGCCUGGCUAUACAUGCGAAAAUUCGGCCUAGUCGACGAAGACUGUUAUCCAUGGGAAGGCACGAACGUACAAUGCAAGUUGCGAAAGAGAACAGACUUGAAGACCGCCGGUUGUCGUCCUCCGGUAAAUCCACUUCGAACAGAAUUAUAUAAAGUUGGGCCGGCUUAUCGGUUAGGCAACGAAACCGAUAUUAUGUACGAAAUUUUAACAUCUGGACCAGUGCAAGCAACCAUGAAAGUUUAUCAAGACUUUUUCUCUUAUGAAUCCGGAAUAUAUAAACACACAGCAACCACCGAACACUAUGCAUUUGGCUAUCAUUCGGUUAGGAUUAUCGGAUGGGGGGAAGAUACGUCCGCGCAUCGUUAUCGCAACUUACCAAUUAAGUAUUGGUUGGUCGUUAACUCUUGGGGUCAGCAAUGGGGCGAGAGCGGUCUGUUUCGAAUUCAAAGAGGAACUAAUGAGUGUGAUAUCGAAUCGUUCGUAGUAGCAGUAUGGGCGAAAACUAUCUAAGGAAAGGUGCAAGAAUCAGGAAAUGCUGCAUUUAUCUAUCGAAUCGUAUAUUGCGUUGCGUUGCGUUGCGUUGCGUUGCGCCUUAUUUCUAUCAAUAUACGAAAUCGAUUCGUGUUCGAUUCAUCGUUAUUUCCUUUGCAUCAUUAUAUAUAUAUUUUUCUCAUUCACAACAAAUUCCAUUUAACAUAUUUUAUUAACGUAUCAAUUAUUGUUUGCACACAGUUUAAGAAACAAAUGAAACGAUUGCCAAAUACUUUCUCACCAUAUAUGUAGGCAACACCAUGUAUAAACUAAUUCAUCUGUAUGUUAGGGAAUAAAAUAUCAGAUGUUCUGAAUAUAUUAAUAUAUUUUUGCAUAAA